UGACAGUUUUUAACUUUAAACGCACUUGAAAGGCGGUGUAGUUCACACGUGCUAUAAAACAACAAAUGAUUUUUUAAUAUAAGGACGUAAUUUUUCGUUAUUUAUUUAAUUUCACGAACUUUUUGAAUGCCUAUACUUAAUUAUAUCGACAUAUUUUUUCUACACUUAAGUAUUUGAAAAGUGACUAUUUCAAUAUGAAAUCAGUGAUUUAUUUUAUGGUGCUAUUUUUGGGCUCAGCGUAUGCCGACAUGGCAGGGGAAUGUGCCAUGGUAGGUUUCUACCUGGAGAUGGCCUGCACGCCGGUGCCCGCUGCUGACAACUCAACGCUCUGCCCCGACGCUUUCGACUGCCCCGACCUGCGGAUAAGCCCUGAUCCGAACACCUGUUAUUAUAAGGGAGCAUCGUAUAAAACGGGAUCCCCGUUUCCACAGAGCGUGAUCAAGAACCCUUGUACCAUGAAUUGCGGCUGCAGUACCGAUUAUAAAGGAGUGCCUCAGUUCACUUGCGCAGCCGUGGACUGCGUGGACGCCGAGGGCUUUGGGGAUUGCAUCCUGACACACGAGGUGGACGCUUGCUGCAGCACCGGGACUGUUUGUGGGAAAGACGCAAUCGCCAGUUUGAAGACAUGCGAGGUUGACGGCGUGAUAUACAAAGAAGGCCAGAUCAUUGAGCCAGCCAACACGCGGAAGACCUGCGUCUGUACUGCGCAGUGGAACGGGCGAUACGACGAUCCGACCAGUUGCCGCGACCUCGACUGCGCCGUGGAAAUUCACUUCCAGGACAUGAUAUUCAGCAAAUGUGCUCCAGUUUUCUUUGCGAAUCAGAUGGGCUGUCCUGUAUCGUUCGUAUGUCCGACCGAAAAAACAAAAGUAAUCCGAGGGUUGAACGCACGCGGCGUCACCGCUCAGUGCUUUUACGGCAACAUGACUGUGAACGUAGGAGACCAGGUCACCGUGGAGGAGAAAUGCACCAAGUGUGUCUGCGAUGUGCCGCCCUACGUGUCCUGUACGCUGAAGAACUCUUGCGAUGAUUAAACGCUUCUACAAUAGUUUGACGUUCCAUACCACGACCAAACAUAAGAUACGAAGAGAGCCGCUAGAUUCAGGCAGCGCAAGAUCGUGGCGUCCAGAAGUCUCUACAAGAGAUUUCAGCUUUGACCACUGACCACGACACACAACUUUUUUUAAAGAUUCCACUUAAUUCCGGAUUUCAAUUCGCUCGCUCAUUAUCUCAUAGGAACAUUAUACAUAUUUUAUUUUCAUUUCUCUUUAUAACUUAGUAACGGGUUCAAUUUCGGUAAAAAAAUUGGUAGGCACCAAAACUUCUCAGUGCUAUUCAGUGCAGGUGUUCUCAAAUAGAACAUUUUAAGAGUAGGUAAGGUUUUGUACAUUAUAAAUUGUAUUACAACAGUAUUUGUCUAUGGAAUAGGCAAAUCCAUGGCGUGCGAAGCCGGGGCAGGUCAACUAGUAAUAAAACAAGUAAGUUUCGAAUAAAAUAAAGCUCUAAUUUUCUAUUUCAAAUUAUUUCACAUUAGUUCUAGAAUGUAAAUAGGUAGGUACAAAGUUUAUUAUUUUAAUAAUAAUUCUUACAAAAGUAUCUUAUUAUCUAAGUUUUUGGCGAGGUAUGGCAUAAGACUUAAUUAAUUAUGUAUUAGGUAACAAUAAUAAAAUUGGAGAAAUUCACAAUUAUGUACAUAGCACCACAGCCCUAUAGGAUCUUUGUAAACUAUUCUAAAAUUACGUUGUGACGACUUAAUACAAUUUAUACAAAAUUAAGUACUUACUAAGUACAAGGUAAAAUUUAAGUAAAAAAAUUAUAUUAAAAUUUAAUUCAAUGAA